GCCGAGUCCCAGAGUUGACUCCAAGUGUCUAAUUUAUCUUUCGCACCAAGGAGGUUUCAGUGAAGAUAGUCUAUGUGUGGUAAAAUUUCCUUGGGUACAGGCUGGCCCUGAGCCAAGAAGCUGGCCUUCAUGUCGCCUUAGCAACAAGCUGGCUACAAUUGGCGUGAUUGGUUCCGUACGGGCACUUCACUUUUGUGCGAACAUGGACGGCUCGGCUCGCGUGGUUUUGGUGCUGUGCACCGCUGUGUGGACGCUUCCCGCCUCAGCUGAAGGGGCUGCCAGCCUGUCGUCCCUCGGCCUCCCCCUACCCGACAUCCCGACAGGGUACGUGUACAAGAACGGUAACCCGCUGGCGCCCAUUCAAGUCGAGAUGUUCGGUGACCUGGUCUGUCCAGACUUCAGGAACGCUUUCCCCGUCUUAAAGGAAGUAGCGGACUGGUACGGACCGAACCUUUUGUGUCUGAAGAUCCACCUCUUCCCGCUGCCGUACCACAAGUACGCCUUCUUGACUCACCAGGUUCUACAUAUUAUUGAGCCCUACGUCGGCAUCAACGGUACGUUUGACUACAUGGACCGCGUCCUGGCUGACCUGGAGAAGUUUUCUGGGGCUGUUAUGAACAGGACGGAGGGACAGGUGUACAAUGAGCUGUUGAGUAUUGUCCAGACUCUCGGAGUGACCGCUGACCAGUACUGGACAGGGCUGGACGAGAGACCCCCAAACUACAGAGCAAGGAUUGAGUUUAAAUACGCCUGUCACCGGGGCGUGGCCGCAACGCCCACAUAUUUCGUCAACGGCAUCAUGGUAAACCCAGUCCCGGCAUCAGCGGGCGGAGAGUUCGGCCUGGACCAAUGGAAAGAGGCGUUAGACCCGAUGUUGGGCACUGAAGAACAGAAACAAGAGAAGGAACAGUUGGCGGCUGACGGUUUCAGCUAUGGCACCUGUCCCACUAAGACCGCCCAGGCCCAGGGGACGUGCCCCGGUAUCACCGACGGGACCAGUGCGGGAACAAAUCCAUCCCCCGUGUCUACUACUGUAUUAACCCUGUUAGCUGUUUUCUCACUGAGUGGGGCAUAUACAUGUAUGUGAACUAUAGUGUAAGACAAAAAAACAUAAAUGUUCCCCUUCAAAACAAAUGUUGAAAAUUGUAUUGUUCUUUCCCCAGUUUGAAGACGCUUUGUUGAAUCACAAUCACUUUUUUGAUGGGCUGAGUGCACAUGGCUUAAUUCCUGGGAAAGUCCAAUACGAAAACAAGUCUACGCCUUCCAAUAGUUAAUCAUUGAUCAAGGUUCAGUAAUGUACACUCUCAAGUCCUAUUUACAGUUUGUGUACAUACGCUAUACUCCUGGUUUCGGCAAAGCUGUACAUUCUUUGAAGUAUCGAUAUCGAGAAUUAGUAGUAUAGCAUGCAAAGAUAGACCUGUAGGCAUUGCAUUGAUCCAUUGGAAUAAAAAAGACUACGUCACACACAACGCCACAGUACAAGUAAGUGGUACACGUGUACCUCAGAAGUGUGACUAAGCCCUAUCCGUUUUCAUCUCUGUCAUUUACUAACCAUUGUUUGAGGUGUCUAGUACUAGUAGCCUUAUUCUACUGACAGCAUAUGCAUUAGUCUUACAUUUCCCAUAUCAGCGCGUGUGUAUGUUAGCACAUGCAAAACAAAAUGUACACCAUAUAAAAUUGGAAACACAGUGUAAUAUGAUAUACACAAUUCGUAAUUUGCUAUACACAAUUCAU